AUGGGCAUCGCUCGCAAGAUUUAUCGACUGGGUAGUCAAACAAUCGACGAGAACCAAACAUCAGCCAUUCCGGACGGUGGGGCGGGUACCCGGACUCCUCUCCUAAGGAAUGGCUGUCAGCGUCUCCCGAUAUCCACCAUUCUCGAUGGCCGCUUCCCUGACCUCGGCACGAUUCAUUUGCUAUUGGAGGAGUACUUCGAAGCUGUCCAUUGGUUCUCUCUCGUCGUGUACGAGCCAAAGUUCCGUCGCCAGCUUCAGUCGAUUGAAGAUGGCUAUGCACAUCCCUCUGAAGCACCUUUCUUGACUCUGCUGUCGACAGUGCUAGGUAUGGCAGCAUGGUAUCAAUCCAAAAAGCGUCCACACGAUAUUAUCCAAGAUUGGAGGCUGUGGAGCGAUGAUUUACUGAAGAUAGUGGAAAUGCGGCUUGUUCAGGUCAUGGAUCAGCGUUCCCUGGCAGCGGUGCAGACCCUCAUCCUUUUGGGCUCACAUCACGUGUACCACGGUCGACCAAACCUGUCUUUUGCCCUGCUGGGUGCAACCAUCAAGAUGUCUCACACCUUGGGUUUACAUCGGGGACAAAAAGACGGAUCUUUCGAUGACAUCGAAGAGCGUAAGAGGGUGUGGUGGACUAUCUACACAUGGGAUAGAUUCGCUUCGAUCUCAUACGGGCGCCCUCUCAGUAUAAAUGACGAAGAUUACAACGUCGAUCUGCCAGCCAAGUUCAGCGAGUCGCCAUUCUUUGGCUCUGAGGCCACACAAGCACAAGUCACUGGCGUUUGUUACUCGCCAUAUCAGACAAAGCUGACACAGCAAUACCUCAUCGCGUCACCAGCGCUGAAGAAAAUAUUUGGCUCUCUAUCGGCACGCGCAACAUGCCAGUACUUCGACUCGGAGCACCGCUCCCUCAUCACUCACGUCAUCCAGCGACUCUCAUCCUGGCGCCGCAAUUUGCCGCCGGAGUUAUGCCUCGACUUGAAGCGGGACUACGACCCAUCAAACACGGGAUGGGGUGUACGGGCGCAUCUUUUGCAGUCUUUGUCUUUACAGCUAACGUUCGACAACCUCCUGAUCGUACUACAUCGACCAUUCCUGGCUCGGCAAUUGGAGCACCUUUCUUUGAGCAGUCCAGGACCGAAUGGUAGCAGCGUCGCGGAAAUGAUUUCGCCAUCAGCAAGCCACGGGGGCCCGCAUAGCCUAGCCUCCCAAGGCAGUGUCCACUCCCCUCGCGAGAAUCAGGAUCUCGGCAUCGAGCCAACUGCAAUCUCAGAACAAUGGUGGGACGCAGCAGUCAGAACUGCCAGCGUGACGGAGCUACCACAGCUCACUCAGCUCGCCACUGAAAGUCACCUCGUAGCAUUUGUGGCCAUGAAUAUGUUCAACGCAGCGAUUGUGCUGAUUCUGGUCGCUCUCUCGGACCCGCUAUCAGACCAAGCCCAGGGGAUAAAAAGGCCAAUUACCAAGGUCUUCCGGCUAGAAGAGCUUCUAGGUCAGAGGUCGUCGUUGUCGAGCCAAAGCAGCGCCGUGCUGAAGAACCUCAUCCGUCUUCUUCUUCGACGUGAGGGCGAAGCUAUGAUCGGAACGGCAGCUUCCAACUCGACCGUCACCGACACAGUGGCGGCACCGCGCCCUCUUCUUGACCUUGGCCCCAGGUCUUCAAUGUCGGAGCGGGAGUCUCACACCCAGUCUGACGCCUGA